AUGGCGCCCCCAGGCCGCCGCAGAGGAGCCCAAGGGCCGAAGAGGACAUACCAGCGGCCCAGGAUCCUCAAACGCAAAAGAGAGGAGGAAGACGUGGAGGCACUGUCGAAGCGAGUGGCCGACCUCGAUCCCAAGUCUGCAACACCGCCGGACCUCUUUACAGACUUACCGCUGUCAGCAGCCACGCAGGAUGGGCUUGCCGCUUCCCAUUUCAAGACCCUGACCACCAUCCAAAGCCGGACGAUCCCUUUGGCACUACAAGGCUCCGACAUCCUCGGCGCCGCGAAGACAGGAUCCGGCAAGACGCUGGCUUUCUUAGUGCCGGUGCUUGAAAAUCUAUAUCGCAAGAGGUGGACGGGAUACGAUGGCCUCGGGGCCCUCAUCCUGUCGCCGACUCGAGAACUGGCCAUCCAGAUCUUCGAUGUCUUGCGCAAAGUCGGUCGGAACCAUUCCUUCUCGGCUGGGCUGGUGAUCGGAGGCAAGAGUCUACAAGAAGAACGGGACCGACUCGGGCGCAUGAACAUCCUGGUGGCCACACCCGGGAGGAUGCUGCAGCAUAUGGACCAGACAGCCGAACUCGACAUUGGCAAUCUGCAAAUCCUGGUGUUGGACGAGGCCGACCGGAUCAUGGACAUGGGGUUCAAGGCCACCAUCGACGCCCUCGUCGAACACCUCCCGCGAGAGAGACAGACGCUGAUGUUCAGUGCAACGCAGACCAAGCGAGUCUCCGACCUUGCCAGACUGAGCCUGUCCGAGCCCGAGUUUGUCUCUGUUCACGAAACAGCCGAAAGCGCCACGCCGUCGACCCUACAGCAGAAUUACAUCGUGACGCCGCUGCCCGAAAAGCUCGACGUGUUGUGGUCCUUUAUCCGCUCCAACGUCAAGAAAAAGAUAUUGGUCUUCAUGAGCAGCGGCAAGCAGGUGCGUUUCGUGUACGAAGCGUUCCGACAUCUGCAGCCCGGUAUCCCACUGCUUCACCUGCACGGGCGACAGAAACAAACGGUCCGGCUCGAGAUCACCACGAAAUUCUCAAACAGCCAACAUGUAUGUCUAUUCUCGACUGAUGUUACCGCGCGAGGCUUGGACUUCCCCUCUGUCGAUUGGGUUGUCCAGCUCGAUUGUCCGGAAGAUGCGGACACGUAUAUCCACCGCGUGGGCCGGACAGCACGUUACGAGCGUGACGGACGAGCGGUGCUGUUUCUAGACCCCAGCGAGGAAGAGGGCAUGCUGAACGCCCUGCAGAAGAAGAAAGUCACGCCCGAGAAGAUCAACGUGCGCCAGAAGAAGAUGCAGCAAACCAUCCGCACCCAGCUACAAAACAUGUGCUUCAAGGACCCCGAACUCAAGUACCUAGGACAGAAGGCGUUUGUCAGCUACGUGCGCAGCGUGCACAUCCAGAAGGACAAAGAAACGUUCGACUUGAAGAAGCUAGACCUGGAAGCCUUCGCCGCCAGCCUGGGUCUUCCCGGCGCGCCAAGGGUCAAGUUUAUCAAGGGCGAGGAUGCAAAGGCAAGGAAGAAUGCGCCGCGGCAACUGAUGGCUGCCUUGGAGGGCGAGAGCAGUGACGAUGACGAUGACAGUGACGAGGGUGACCGCGCCAACCGAAAGCCACGAACCGGCGAAGUCAGGACAAAAUAUGACCGCAUGUUCGAGCGGCGCAACCAAGAUGUGCUUUCAGAGCACUAUACAAAACUUAUUGAAGACGACGACGACGACGACGACGACCCACAAACCAACGGUGCUGCGGGAGCUGCAGCCGGGGUCGACGAGGACAAUGAUGCUGAAUUUCUCUCGGUCAAACGACGCUUCGACGCCGGCGACUCGGCCCUCGACCAGCAGAGUACAAGACAUCGACACGCCUCUUCUAGUGCCGGCACAGACUCGAGUUCGGAGUCUGAACCCGAAGCCGACGGUGAGAUUUCUUCAGCGCGUCGCGGCUCAUCCAGCCAACCCGCCAGAGAAGGAGGCGUCAAGACUCUACGCCUCUCAGACAACCCGGCGGCCGAGCCACUGGUGAUCGACUCACACCGGCGCGAGAAACUGCUCAAGUCGCGCAAGAAGCUGCUGAAGUUCAAAGGGCGGGCGACGCAUCUGACGUUCGACAGCGACUCGGACACGCCCAAGGACCGCAAGGCGUACGUCGACGAAAGCACAUUUGGGCCCGAGGCGGCCGAGGCCGAGAAGCGCGCGUUCCUGGAGCGCGAGCGCGAGCGGGCCCGUGAGAUGGACGAGGUCGACAAGGAGAUUGUGCGGGCCAAGAGACGCGAGAAGAAGGAGAAGAGAAAGGAGCGAGAGCGGCGAGAGCUGGGGCUGGAUGCCGAUGGUCAAGACUCGGAGAUCGGCCGCGCCGUCCAGCUGGUUCCAUACGACGACGAUCAAGACAGCCGGCACGGAGACGACGUUGUCGAGCACGACGAGCCGGAGCUGGAGCCCCGACCGAAACGCCAGAGGAAAUGGUUUGAGGACGCUGCUUCGUCAGACGAAGACGAAAAUGAAAAUGCGCAGAAGGCCCAGGGCAGGAAAAAGAAGGGCCGCCGCGCUGGCAGGGAUACCAGGUUGGGGGCCGAACAGCCGCAGACUCUCGAGGAUCUGGAAGCCCUGGCGUCGGGUCUGCUUGCGACAGGCUGA